UAAUUUCGCGAGAAGUAAACAAAAAGAAAAUUACGCACUGUUAAAUUCGAAGCCAAUGACUUGCUGAUUCGGAAAUUAAAGUCAAAUUAUGACUAACAUAAGCUUGGAUAAAUCCGAAAGUUUCUUUUCGUUCUGAAUAUCUAAAGAUAUGGCAACAAAAGGUUUUACUGGAAAAGGUUCAAUGGCGACGAACAAAUUUAAACCAGGGGGACCACCAAAUAAAAAACAGAAAGUUGAUGAUGACGAUGAGAUGGAUUUUGAAGCAGAGUUGGCAAUAAUGGAUGACAUGGAAAUGGAAGGUGUUGAAUCAUCAGCUCCUGGACCAGAUGAUGAAUUGACGAGCGCGAAAUGGGCUCGCCCUCCUGUACCACCCAUAGAUCCUAAAAAAGAUGCUUUGGUAUUUCAACAGAUUGACUUAGAUCACUAUAUAGGUAAACACAUGCCUGGCAUGCCUGGUUGUACAGUUGGUCCGACUCCUGUGGUUCGCAUGUUUGGUAUAACUAUGGAAGGUCACAGUGUCACUGCACACGUUCAUGGCUUUACUCCAUACUUCUUUGUACCGGCAUAUCCAGGAUUUAGUGAAGAUGACUGCAAGAAAUUUAUGGAUGCACUGAACACUGCUGUUAUGGGUGAUCUUAGGUCCAAUAAGGAAGAAAUAGUGAGGGCCAUUCUUGGUGUUGAACUUGUUAUAAAAGAGAGUAUUUAUGGUUUCCAUGGCAACAGAAAGAUACCAUUUAUCAAGAUAACAGUGGCAUUACAGCGUCUGAUAGCUCCAGCCAAGAGAUUACUUGAACAAGGUUUUAACUGCCCUGGUUACGGACAAUAUGGCUUCCAAUCUUAUGAGUCUAACAUUGAUUUUGAAAUAAGGUUUAUGGUAGACAGUAAUGUUGUGGGCUGUAACUGGAUCGAGGUACCUGCAGGAAAGUACUCCCUUCGAGACAAGGAAAACUCGAACCAAUCUGAUGCCAAGCGACCACCUCUGAAAUCUCGAUGCCAGAUCGAGCUCGAUGUUUCCUGGCAAGACUUUGUCUCACAUAUACCUGAAGGUGAUUGGUCAAAAGUUGCUCCAUUCAGAAUCCUCAGCUUUGAUAUAGAAUGUGCUGGACGAAAAGGAGUGUUUCCGGAGGCUGAUAAAGAUCCGGUUAUUCAGAUAGCUAACAUGGUUAUCAGACAAGGUGAACACGCCCCAUUUAUCAGAAACGUGUUCACAUUGAACACAUGUGCUCCAGUGAUUGGUUCUCAAGUGUUGUCAUACAUGACAGAGAAAGAAAUGUUAUCAAAAUGGGCAGCAUUUGUAAGAGAGGUGGAUCCAGAUAUAAUCACAGGCUAUAAUAUACAGAACUUCGAUCUGCCAUAUCUAAUAAACCGAGCAAAUCAUCUGAAGGUGGCCGACUUUAUAUUCCUUGGUAGAAUACGAGACAUUAAGUCGAUCAUUAGAGAGUCAACCAUACAGAGCAAACAGAUGGGAAAAAGAGAAAAUAAAGUGAUAAAUAUUGAAGGACGUGUGCAAUUAGAUUUAUUACAGAUUUUGUUCCGUGACUACAAGUUGAGAUCUUAUUCUCUGAACGCCGUAUCAUUUCACUUUCUACAAGAACAAAAAGAGGACGUACAUCAUUCCAUUAUUACAGAUUUACAGCAUGGAAAUGACCAGACAAGGCGUCGACUGGCAGUAUAUUGUUUGAAGGACGCCAUAUUGCCGAUAAGAUUGCUGGAUAAACUUAUGUGUGUGAUCAACUAUAUGGAGAUGGCGAGGGUUACAGGUGUCCCCCUUACAUACUUAUUGUCUAGAGGGCAACAGAUCAAGGUCAUUUCACAACUGUUAAGAAAAGCAAAGGAGCAAGAUCUAUUGAUACCUGCACAGAAAAUAGAUCCUGGGGAUGAAUAUGAGGGUGCCACAGUAAUUGAACCUGUUAAAGGUUAUUACGAUUUACCAAUAGCCACCCUGGAUUUCUCCUCACUAUACCCAUCUAUUAUGAUGGCUCACAACCUGUGUUAUACCUCACUACUCAACCAGAACACCAUUAACAAAGAAGGGUUGACCCCUGAUCAGUAUAUAAAGACACCAUGUGGACAUUAUUUUGUGAAGUCCACAAUAAGGAAAGGUCUACUCCCAGAAAUUUUGGAGCAUCUACUGGGUGCAAGAAAGAAGGCUAAAACAGAUCUGAAGAACGAGACAGAUCCAUUCAAGAAGAAAGUGUUAGAUGGUAGACAGUUAGCUUUGAAGAUCAGUGCUAAUUCUGUGUAUGGUUUUACUGGUGCACAAGUCGGUAAACUACCCUGCUUGGAAAUCUCGUCAAGUGUGACUGCAUUUGGUAGAAUGAUGAUUGAACAAACUAAGAACUAUGUCGAGGAGACAUAUACAAUAGAGAAUGGAUAUAAACACAAUGCAAAGGUAAUCUAUGGAGACACAGAUUCUGUGAUGUGUAAGUUUGGUGUAAGUACAGUAGAGGAGGCAAUGAAGUUAGGACAAGAGGCGGCAGAUUAUAUCUCAGGAAAAUUCAUCCAACCUAUUAAACUGGAAUUUGAGAAGGUAUAUUUCCCUUACCUGUUGAUUAACAAGAAGAGAUAUGCCGGUCUGUACUGGACAAACCCUCAGAAAUAUGACAAGAUGGAUUGUAAAGGUUUGGAGACAGUACGUAGAGACAACAGUCCUCUAGUGUCCAACCUGAUCAACCAGUGUCUACAACUUCUUCUCAUAGACAGGAACCCAGAUGGAGCCAUAGAACAUGCUAAGCAGACAAUAUCUGAUCUCCUAUGUAACAGAAUAGAUAUAUCAAAUCUUAUUAUCACAAAGGAAUUAACAAAGACAGAAGAUGACUAUGCUGGGAAACAAGCUCAUGUGGAACUAGCUAACAGAAUGAGAAAACGAGAUCCUGGCAGUGCUCCACAAUUAGGUGACAGAGUACCCUAUGUUAUCAUGGCUGCUGCUAAGAAAACAGCUGCAUAUCUCAAGUCAGAGGAUCCUAUAUAUGUAUUAGAGAACAAUAUACCUAUUGAUACACAGUACUACCUAGAAAACCAGCUGUCUAAACCUUUACUGAGAAUAUUUGAACCUGUUAUAGGAGAAAAGAAAGCUGAAUCUGUACUUCUUAAGGGUGAGCAUACUAGAACAAAAACUGUGGUAACUUCAAAGGUUGGAGGUUUGAUGGCAUUUGCUAAGAAAAAAAGUUCUUGUAUAGGAUGCAAAGUACCUCUAGAUAAUGAUGGAGCUGUUUGCAAACACUGUAAGAGUAAAGAAUCAGAGAUUUAUCAGAAGGAGAUUUCUACGAUGAACGCACUAGAGGAGAAGUUUUCCCGUCUGUGGACCCAAUGUCAAAGAUGCUCGGGUAGUCUACAUGAGGAUGUUCUAUGUACUAGUCGAGAUUGUCCAAUAUUCUACAUGAGGAAGAAAGUACAAAAGGAUCUUGCAGAUCAAGACAAGCUCAUGUUAAGAUUUGGUGACCCAGACUGGUAGCCCAAAUAUACAUAUAGGCACUGUGCGUGCCAUUUGAUAUAUAUACAUGGGAGACAUUUGAAAGUUUAGGGAUAUUUGCUGGAACAGGUUUUGUGAGGACCAAACAUUUUCAUUUUCUUCAGUCAUACAUGGAAGUUUGAAGUAUCGGUCUCAAUUUUGAUGGCGGUUAGGACCAACAAUGUCAAUUCUUCAGAUCGUAUAUAUAUGUGCAAUGUAUUUGAAAUAACUAAAAGGUUUUGAGACCAACAAUGUGAUGUGUUCAUAUAUGUAUUUGAAUGUUGGUCAUAGUGUUGGGUGGAUCAUAAAUAGGAAUUGAAUUAUAUAUGGAAUAUUAACAUUGAUUGUUUCUGUGUACAUGUGAAUGAUGUGAAUCCAGUACAAAGCAUAUUUUUUGCAAAAGCUGAAACUCAAUACAUAAACAUUUCAAUCAAAUAGCCCAUGUAAGUUUGCAAUACUGAUUUAUAUGAAUCAUUUUUUUCUACUUUUAUUAGUUAGUCACGUAUGGCUAUUUAUUGCAAUAGUAUCUGGAAUUAAAAUGAGUUUGUGUAUUAGCAAGAAGAUUCAAGUGCCUAUAGUAUAGUGUUUAGUGCUACAUGUAUUUUGUAUACAGAACUGUUGAUUA